CCGGACUAAAAAUGGUUUCGCCGUGAGUGGUGGUCUCGCUUUCUUGCUUGUUGUCCGACACCGUCGUGACUUCCUGCCUGCUGGCCGAGCACACCCAGCCGCUUUCUGCUCGGAGCUCAACGCUCCCGCUGCUGAUUCAAGAUGUCGCCGUGACAUGAAGGCUGCCCCGAGAAGGACGGUCGCUAAUGUGCGUUUGAGUAACCCUCAUCAUGGCCCCUGGGGGCUCCAACCUAAAGGCGCCUUGAUCGGCUUUUCGCCCCUGGCCCAACGAACUUGUGUUUGACAAAGGGGAGUGACAGCUUCAUCUCGCUGCUUCCUGCUCCAACCAACCAACCAACCAACAACAACUUGAAAAUGGCUGAAGAUUGGGGGGAGAGAUCCACAGCGGAGCUCAUGAGCAGGUACCUGCCCAAGGAAAUGGGGCACGGGGUACCCCUGGCUGGGUGGCGCAUCUGCUUGGCCCAUGAGUUCAAGGAGAAGAGGAGGCCUUUUCAGGCAAAGGAUGUGUCCCUGGCGAACAUUGUGGAGCACACUGGCCUUGGAAUCAGGUAUUUAAAAUGGUGGUACAAGAAGACGCAGGUAGAAAGGAAGGCGCCGUUCAUCGACAUGUUUCGCGCACAGCCUUUGCGGCAGAUAUACGGUGCCCCCCUCGGCGGUAUCGGAGGAGGGACUAUCACCAGAGGUUGGAGGGGGGAGUUUUGUCGGUGGCAGCUCACCCCCGGGAUGUAUCAGUACAAGACUGUCGCAGCUAAUCAGUUUACCGUGUGUUUGCGUCGCGGGGGGCAAACGGUUUACCAGCAGGUGCUCUCGGUCGAGCGCCCGCCGACGCUGCAAGGCUGGAACUGGGGGUUCUGCGGCGAGUAUGCCUUCUAUCACGCCCUGUACCCCCGCGCCUGGACCGUCUACCACCUGCCGGGGCAAAACGUCACGCUCACUUGCAGACAGGUUUCCCCCGUCAUUCCUCACGACUACCAGGACUCCUGUUUGCCGGUGGCGGUGUUCGUUUGGGACGUGGAGAACAAGAAUGACUUCGCUCUGGACGUCACCAUCAUGUUCACGAUGGUCAAUGGGUCCGGGCACAAGGACGACAAAGGUGGGGGCCACUGGAAUGAACCAUUUCAUCUUGAAAAGGAGGGGGAGGCUGUGUCUGGGGUGUUACUGCAUCAUUCCUCAGCAGUGAACCCUUACACUUUAUGCAUCGCAGCUCAAGAGCAGCCAAACAGGGAAGUCAGCCAUCAAACUGCGUUCAGUCCAAAGGGAACCUGCUGUGGCUUGUGGAGCGACCUAAUCACUGACGGACGCCUGGACUCUCCCGCGGGCUCCAGUCCACCGACACCCAAAGGAGAGAAGGUGGCUGCGGCGCUGGCUGUUGGCUGCUCCGUGUUGCCUCAGCGCAGAAACACCCUGGAGUUCUGUCUGGCGUGGGACAUGCCCAAAAUCACCUUUGGGUCUCGAGAGACGCAGCACCACAGGCGCUACACUCGUUACUUUGGGAGCGAAGGGGACGCGUCGCCCUCGCUCAGUCACUACGCCCUGGCGCACUACAAAGUCUGGGAGGAGAAGAUCGAGGAGUGGCAAGCAAGCGUACUGCGGGACAGUUCCCUCCCCUCCUGGUACAAGUCGGCUUUGUUCAACGAGCUGUACUACGUGGCCGACGGGGGGACGGUAUGGACGGAGCUCCGCGAGGACGCCGACGUCAGCGGCGGCGUGCGCGGCGAAGACGGCGGCCUGCCCGCUCAGCCGGCGGUCAUCAAAGAGUACGGCCGCUUCGCCUACCUCGAAGGUCAAGAGUACAGAAUGUACAACACGUACGACGUGCACUUCUAUGCUUCUUUUGCACUUAUCAUGCUUUGGCCCAAACUUGCCUUGAGUAUGCAAUAUGACAUUGCCGGCAGUGUCGUUCAGCAGGAUUUAACAGAGAGGUUGCAUCUGAUGAGCGGCAAGUACGCCGCGGUCAAGGCAAAAAAUGUGGUGCCUCACGACAUUGGAGAUCCAGACGACGAGCCGUGGCAAAGAGUGAACGCCUAUCUCAUUCAUGACACCGCCUUCUGGAAGGACUUGAACCUAAAAUUUGUCCUGCAGGUCUACAGGGACUAUCACCUGACCCAGGACGAGCAGUAUCUGCGGGACAUGUGGCCCAUCUGCCAGUAUUCCCUGCGCUCGCUCCGCCAGGCGGUGAUGGAGUCGGAACUCGAGUUCGACCUCGACGGAGACGGCCUGAUCGAGAACUCUGGCUUUCCUGACCAGACUUAUGACGGCUGGACAGUAACUGGACCGAGUGCGUACUGUGGCGGGCUGUGGCUGGCCUCCUUGUGCGUUAUGUGCAAAAUGGCCAGCCUGCUCGACAACCAAGCGGCGGCGCAACAGCGCUAUCGAGACAUCUUGGACAGAGGCAGCGUCGCUUUUGAUAAACUACUGUGGAACGGAAAGUACUACAACUACGACAGCAGUGAGCGAGACCUCUCGAACAGCGUCAUGUCCGACCAGUGUGCCGGCCACUGGUUCCUGAGGGCGUCUGGCCUCGGAGAAGGAGACUUCCAGGUUUUUCCCAGAGAAAACAUCCGGGCCGCACUCCAAACCGUUUUCGACUUGAACGUGAUGAGCUUCGCCGGCGGUCAGAUGGGCGCCGUCAACGGCAUGCGGCCCGAGGGCGCGGUGGACCGCUCCAGCGUCCAGUCCGACGAGGUUUGGAUCGGCGUGGUUUACGGACUGGCGGCCACCAUGAUCCACGAGGGUAUGCUGUCUGAAGGGAUGCGCACGGCGGAGGGCUGCUACCGAGUGGUGUGGGAGAGGCUGGGCAUGGCCUUCCAGACGCCAGAAGCUUACUGCGAGAAGGCCAUCUACCGCUCGCUGGCGUACAUGAGGCCGCUCAGCAUUUGGGCCAUGCAGCUGGCUCUCAGCCGCUCGCGUGAUGAUCGCCAGGCGGGGGGCGGAGAAGGUGCAAGUCAAUGAGCUCCCCUCAGGACCCUUUGGAAAUCCCAACUCUGAUCCGUUAGGUUUGUCUGCAGCCUGAAGGUCAUAGCCUUAUUUGAAUUCUGUUUUUUUCCCCUCCCGUUUUUAAGAUGCCGGCGGUGUAAAAUCGUAGCCCGUGUGUUCCGACACCUUGUCAAUUUGCACGUCGUUAUGCAAAUACUGUUUUUCUUUUUAUUAUUACAGGUGCUUGUAAAUUGAGCUUUCAAAUAACCUUUACAGUUAUUUGAAUACUGUCCUAAAUAAUAAUAUACAGUUACCGAAACGUGCUUUUUUUAUGCAUACGAAUGUUGCACCUUUUCUCAUAUCAAGGUAGCUGCACUUCUAAAUGUUUUCUUGGACCCGCACCUACAACAAUCCUCCUGAAUAAAUUACUGUCAAGGAUGA